AUGAGCUACCAGCUUUACAGGGCAACCACGUUGGGCACCACGCUUCAGGAGACUCUGGAUGAGCUGAUAGAGUACGGCCAUUUAUCAAAUCAUUUAGCUAAUGCAGUUUUACAAAAAUUCGACAAGAGCAUUUGCGCAGCGUUAAACAAGCGAGUCAAGGCCAAGCUAAGUUUCGAGGCCGAGAAACUGCUAAACUACAGAUAUUGCGACAACGUGUGGACCUUGCUUCUAAAGGAUGUGGAGUUCCGCGAUGGUCAGGAUGUUUUGCAGGUGGAUACCGUCAAAGUUGUGGCCUGCAAGGGAUCCAAUGACUAAAAGGUAUUGCAGGUUUCGACCCUGAAGUCUGAAUUCUAUAGUUCCUUCGGCACUAGAGAAAAUA